AUGGACCUGGUCAUCACGCAGGAGCUGGCCCGCGCCCAGAGCCAGCAGGAUGAGGCCGCCCUGAAGAGGGCUUACGAGCUGAUUAAGUCGGCCAACCUCGGGAGGUCAGAGUUUGACCCCAUGGAAAGCUUCAGCCCCGAUCUGUUUGUUUUGUGCGCAGAACAAGCCCUGAAGAUGGGGCACCCCGCGGUGAGCGAUGACUGCCUCCGGAUGUACUUCAAGGUGAAGGGGCCCGUCACCCAGUUCCUGGGCCGAGCGCACCUGUGCCGGGCCCAGCUCUGUGCCCCCAAGUCCACCGAAAACCUGGAGGAAUUUGAAAAUUGUGUGACUCAGUAUAUGAAGGCAAUAAACUUUGCAAAAGGGGAACCCAGGUACUACUUCCUGGUGUAUAACGCAUCAGUCCUCUACUGGCAAAUGGUGAGGCCGUUUCUCAAGCCGGGCUAUCACCACCAUCUGCUCUCCAGCCUCUCCCAGAUCGUCAGUGUGUUAAACCAGACUGAGGAGGAGGACACGGAGUGGCGAGCAGAGCUGAUGCUGGAGCUCCUGGACUGUUAUCUCCAAGCCGGAAAAAAGGAAGAGGCCGCGAAGCUUUGUGCCACCGCGGCACCGUUCAUAAAGGCUAACGUGCCGCACAAACACCGACACAUCUAUUCCGUCAUGGUGCGACAUGGACUGGCGGACGAGCUUCAGUUAGCGGAAGAGAAGAAAACCUCCACCAGCCUGGCCGUCACUUACCACAUCAAUAUGCUGAAAGCGAAAUUGGAUAAGAAUGAGUUACCUGAAGAUGUGGAUGCAAUUCUGAAGAAGGCCUACGGACAUUUAAGUUCUUACAAUCACCAGUGCUCCCCUGCGGUCCGAGAGGAGGAAAUUCUUCUGCUCUUCGAACUGGCCCGGCUUUCUCUGGCCUUGAAGUGCGAGGAGAUCGCCUCCGCCUGCCUCUCCGACCUGCAGAGUGUGGACAGCAGAGAUCCUGGGAAGCUGAUUGAAAUCGAGUGCCUGGAGUGUGAACUGGAAGCUUUAAGUCUCGAACGUAAACUUAAAGUCUAUGUCCGAGCGGCCGUUGAGGUGCAGCUGAGCAUAGUACAGAGGCUCGACGUGGCCCUGCAGCGAGCCGUGCGCCUGGGCGAGCCUGGGCUCAUCCACGUGGUGUGCGCUACGCAGUGGAACACGUGUCUCCCUCUGCUGCAGCACAACCUGCGGCGCCAGCUGCGGAAGCCACUGAGCAACAUCGCCGACGUCCUGGAGAAGGCAGACAGCCUCAUGGUCCUGCUCCGCUGUCAAGUGCACAUGGAGAUGGCGCACAUUGAGGAGGACGAGGACCGGCUGGAGCCGGCCAUCCAGCACCUGCAGAAGGCUGUACUCCUGGACAGCCUCGGCCUCUACCAGGACACACUCACCAGGGCCUUGAACCGGCUGUGCCUGUGCACCAUGCUGUACCAGUGCCCCGAGCGUGCCGAGGACAAGGCCAUCAUGGCCAUUGAGCAGGCGAAGAAGGCUGUCCCCAAAGACAGCGUCAGGAGGAAGCGGGCCCUCCUGGUGAACGCGGGCCUGGCGCUGGCCCCAGACACCUUCCAAGUUGUGCUCGACAGCGAGAACGAGGCCAAAGUGUCCAUGGGGAAAGUCAGGGGCCGCUUCACCUACCUGUUUGCAAAGGCACGGCACCACAUGGUCAGCGUGGACAAAGCCGCUGGGCACCUGCGGCGUCUGGGGACCGAGAACGACAAGGAGAGAAUCCAGAUCUGGGCGGAGCUCGCCAAAGUGUCCCGGAAGCAAGGCGUGUGGGAUGUCUGCCGGGCGGCGAGCCGCUUCUGCCUCCUGUAUGACAACGUCAAGGUGAAGAAGCUGGCGCGGCAGAAGAAAGGAAAGAAGAGGAGGGGUGGAGACAGCCCGGCCCAGGACACCGGGGGCCCGUCGGAGGUCACCCUGCAGAGGCAGGCGAGCCCCAGCCUACUGCGCACCUUUGCGGAAGUGGGCUUCAUCAGCGCGGAGGCCACGGUGCACUUGCUGCGCUCGGAGGGUGUGGAGCUGAACAACCGUCCCCGCCCCCCAGAGGACCUGAGCCAGCACUCGGCCGGCUACACGGUCGAGUCCCCGGAGGACAACGCGCAGUGGAUCACGUACCAGACCUGGAUUGAGGGUCUGUCGCAGAGUGCCAUGAACAGCUGGCUGCGGUCCGCCGAGAUCGGACGAGAGCUCCAGGAGGGCUGGAUCGUGCAGAACGCGGUGGUCUACGUCCUGAACCACAACUACCACCUCAUUGUGGCCGGGAGGCAGAGGGAGCUCGUGGACACCUUGGACCACCUCCUGAGCAUUGUCAAGGCCAUGGGCCACAGCGGACACCCCACCGUGCUGGCCAUGCUCUGUAACACACUGGCCCGAGGCCUGAUCAUUAAGUGGAUUCCAGCCCACGUGCCAGAGAAAUCGAAAAGACCCGUGCGCUCAAACCUGUUUCACGUCCCACUGGACUCGGUGGCCAGCUCUGAAGUCAGGACCGCCGUGGAGGUCUGCGAGUUUGCCCUGAGCCUGACGGACGGGUCUGUGCCCGAGGAGGUGGUGCCCACCAGUGCCCAGCAGCAGCUCGUCGCCGCCUGGGUGAAGGGGAAGCAGUUGCUGCAGCAGCAGGUCGGGCCGCGGCUGGGCGUGGAUGAGCAGAGUCCCAACGAGGACAUCAACUCAGUGAUGCAGGUCCUCGUCGCUCUGGAGAUGUACUCCUGCAACGGGCUGGGCCUCAUGGACUUCACCGUGCCCCCCCUGGCCCAGCUGGUGAGGAUGGCGUCCGAGUGCAGCUGGUCCGACCCGCUGGUGGAGCUGCAGACGCUGACGCGGCUCACACACUUCGCCCACGCGGCGCACGACUACGAGCUCACCAUGCUCUGCUCGCAGAAGGCCACCCAGAUGGGCAUCAGACACCUGCGGGCGUGCGACCCGGUGGAGACUGAACUGGUGGCGGAGAUGCUGAGCGCCACAGCCUGCGUCCAGGGCAGGAGCAUCAUGGAGAACCUGAAGGGGAGAAAGCAGCUGCGCCUGGCGGCCGCCAAGGCCUUCAUAGAGAGUGCCAAGUUUGGGGGCAUUGCAAGGAGCAGCGCCCUGGUGAUGGUGGCCGUGAGGCACUACUGGAACACCUGGCUUCCGUUCCUGUCCUCCGCAGCCAGCAGGAGGACAACCAAGAACGUCCUACAGCGGAUCAUCUGCAUCAUCAACAAGACAGAAGCGAAAAAGCAGGGAAAAGGGAAAGUGCUGCUUCUUCACCAGUGGCCUACGGCGGACUCCCACAGCGGAGGGAUGACAGAAGGUCACUUUCUCCCAGGUGCCGAGGACGACCUGACGCUACGCGCUGCGCUCUACGGGCUGCUGUUCCACUGCCACGCGGACCACGGAGACUGGGAGGGCGGCCUCAAGGUGCUGGACGAGGCCGUGCAGGUGCUGCCGCGGACGGCCCACCGCCUCUUGAUUUUUAAACAUAUGGUCAUUGUGAAAGCCAGACUUGGCCAGAACUUCACAAUGGAAAUCCAGAAGUUCAAGGACGAGAGGGAAGAUUAUCAGGCACACAUGUGGCGCCGUCUGGCCUGGAACUCAAGGAGCGCGUCCGGGCAGCUGAUCUGCCACCACAACGCCAUCCGGGCCCUGCAGAAACCAGAGAAUGAGUGGCAGAAAGUUGAGUACAUCCUGGAGCUCAGCGAAUGGCUGUACUACAAGCAGUUUCCUAUGGAAGACGUGAUUUUCCACCUGAAGUGGGCGGUCGACAUCCUGAUGCUGAUCACCCCGGCCAGGGACACACCUGAGGGGGCAGAGGAGCCACUGUCCACUCAGGAAGCCCCAGAAAGCAUGGUGUCCAAGGACAUGGGGACAGUCCCUGUGGAGAAGCUCCGGAACGUGAGACAGCUGGAGGCGCUGGCUCGGGCCUACACCCUGCUGGCGCUGAUGGUGUCCCCGAGUGCCGCGGGCUACGAGGAAUAUUGCCUCCUGGCCUACAUGUGCCUCAGGCGUAUCUGGCAGGUGUCUUUAUUAACAGCAGGAAAAGCAAUUUCAGAAAGUAAAAUUCUAGAAGCAACAGUCAGCUCACCUUUGUUAUUGCCUAAGAAAGAGAAGGAGAAGAAGAAGGGGAAGGAAAAAGAGAAGGAGAAGGACAAGGACAGAGAGAAGAGCAGAGACCCCAAGCAGCAGCAAACCACCACCGCGGCCAAACAGCUCCAAGACGCGCCGGCCAGCGUGGAAGAGUGGGCUUCCUACUGCUGCCCCGAAGGAGUGGUGUCGCUGUUCAGACACGAUAACAGCGACUUUACCAUUAACCCGUCAAGCAUCCGGAAGCCGACGUACACUUUGUACUAUCUGGACCAUUUGGUCAGAGCCCUGCAGAAGCUAUCCCUUCACGAGCUCACCGUCCCGCUCCUGCAGCUGGGCGCAGUCGUCGCGGCCGCUGUGGUGGACAGCAAGAGCCUCGGAGACCUCUACCACCUGCGACUUGCCCUUGCUUGUUCCGACUUGAAAUUGAGAGAAGCAGCUACUCACCACGAGGAGCAGGCCGGGCAGACGUACAUCUACGAUCUGGAGCAGGCGAGCUGCAGAAAGGAAAUUGCCCUGAGAAAGGAGAAGAACAAGGAAGCGGUCUUAGACGACAGUGUGCCGACUCCGGCUGAGCCCGUAACUGCGGUGUCGCCCCCAGAGACGAAGCCCCUCGUGGCCCAAGACAAGCUCCUGAUGGUGAACGGAGACACCGGGAGGGGCCUGGAAGGGACGUCCUUCCCCCAGCUGUGGCUGCUCAAAGCCGAUGUGCUGCUGGAGAUGGACCUGUACCAGCCUACGAGGCUGCUGCUGGCAGAGGCCUGCCUGGCCUUCCAGGAGCUUGGUGACCCUCGUGCGGAAGCAAAGUGCCUGCACCUUCUAGCGCAGCUGGCGAACAAGGAGAAAAACCACGCACGCGCCCUGAAGCUGGUGGAGCAGGCCCGGCGUCUAGGGGGGGACGAGGAGUUCUGGCACGGCUCAGCGCUGACCCUGGCAGACGCGCUCCUGGCCAAGGGAGGCGAAGGCAGCAAAGUGAUGGCCUGUCGGGAGUUCCAGAGACUCAUCGACGUCUUCAGGGACCUGCAGAGGGAGAGACCGAACCGAGCGCCCGUCCUGGAAUUUAUGAGCACAGACCUGGAAGCCAGAUGUGUGAGCCUCCGGAUCAGGGCUGUCGAGGACCUCGCUGGCUGUGAGCCUCCUGAAUGCUUGUUCCUGCUGACCGAGCUGCACGAUCGUUUGACGGAGAUUGAGAAAAAGCUGACUGCCUGGGGCUACAAAGAGCAGUGUGUGGACAUAAAACUAGAGCGCGCAAAGAUAAAGAGAUUAUGUGCCCGAAACACGAGAGGGGAAGAGCAGAGAACGGCGUAUCACCUGGAGGCCUACGACUUGGUCCAGAGCGCCGUGGCCGAGGCAGAGGCGCUGUUUCUCAGCGUGCGGGGCUUACUGUCCUCGCAGGAGAUGCAGAACGUCAGCACGCCCCUGACGAGGAAGCUGGCGGGGCUGCGGCUCCACCUGGCCGAGGUGUCCCUGGACCUGCUGCAGCUCACGUGGGCGGAGGCGCAGGCCCGGCGGCUGGGGCAGGGCUCGGCGGACAGGCUGCUGGCCGACUACCUGCACAGCCUGAGCGACGUCACCUCCGUGGACCUGAAAUGGUUCACGCUGCGGCGGACCCUGGCCCAUGUGGCUCUGGCGCAGCUGGGGAGCCUGCACUCGCUGUCCGCGGGCCGCGCGGAGAUCCGGGCGCAGGUCCUGGGCCUGGCGGGGAAGGCCCUCCGCCUGCUGGCUGUGCACACGGACCCCGAGCACCCCGCCUGCUACUGGGAGGACGGCCUCUCGGCCACCGCUGAGCUGAGCGGCCUUAAGCAUCUGGAGACCGCCCCCGAGGAUGGGGCCGGCAGGGGUCACUACGAGGAGCACAGCAGGAAGGGCUCAGACAAGCAGAGGAGGAUGGUGCUGGCCCAGCGGUUCCUGGCCCAGGCCUCCGAGCUACUGCUGCAGGGACUGCAGGUCGCCCUGCGCAGCCGCCUCCUGGACAUCGCCGCUGCCGCCAGCCUGGAAAUGGUGGAGUGUACCGGCGCCCUGGACCCCACGGUCACCUGCCAGUUCCUGGCGCUUUCUCAGAGCUGCUUGGCUUCAGAGAUGAUGCGGGACGUCCUGGCCACAGCCACGGCCCACACCAGCAGCUCGCAGCUGGCAGCCCUCCUGCACCUCGAGCACCAGCUGAGGCAGAAGGGGAGGACGUCCACCAGCUUGUCUGCGAGUGUGGAGCAGAGGCUGGAAGUCAUCUCCAAGGCUUGGCAGAAUCUCAGGGUCACGGAGCAGCACUUGACCCUCCUGAACGAAAUCCCGCCCGGCUUUCGGGUCCUCACUCUGCAGCACUCGCCGGACAGGACGCAUCUGUACUGCGCUGCCUAUGAGAGACCCAGGCCCGUUCCCGCGGCCAAAGGGAAGUUGCUCCAAGUGGGAGGCUCCUGCAAGGUGGCGCGGGUGGCCGUGAAUCCAGACACCCUCUCCUGCCUAUUGGCCAGUGCCCAGCAGUGCAGGGAGAUGGCCAAGGUCAACAACGAAGACCCGGCCCCCAGCUCAGGCUUGGAAUUGGAAAGUGCGCGCCUGGAAAGGGAAGGACGGUCUCUGCAGCGAUUCAGUGACUUCCUUGCGUCCACGGAGGAUUACCUGAGGCCGCUGUUCCCAGUGCUCAGCUGCCCUGAGGCCAGAACACAGAUUCCCACGGCCGCUGCAGAUUCCCACGGGAAAUCAAAGGGCAAAGACAAGGAAAGCAAAGUGUCCCUGUCCCAUGUUCAGCUCGACGCUGCAGACAACGUCGUCCUCAUUGUGGACAAGCAUCUUCUGGAGCUGCCGUUGGAAGGUCUUCCCGUGUUCGAGGAGGGGACGGUCUCCGCUCUGUCCCGAGACUUCUCCCUGCAGAUGCUGUGCAACCGCCUCCGUAAGGAGGAGACAGCCGAGGGGGCCGUGAGGAAGGAGGGCCGAGGCAGGAAGAGGAGCCCUGCGAAGAAGGGACAGAAGGACGCCCCGCCCCGGCUCCUCCCCCAUGACUGCAUGGUCGUAGACGCCGACAACUUCAAGUUCGUCGUGGACCCCUACGAGGAGGCGCGGGGCAUCGAAAAGCUGACUCCUGUCUUCGUCACGCGGGACAUCUUGGAAAGAUACCGAGACUCGCUCACUGCGCUCUGGGUGGGGCAUCUGGGAAGCAAGCACGUCCCCAGCCAGGCCGAGUGGGAGCAGCUCCUGGGCAGCUGCAGCGGCUUCUUCUUUUACGGGAUGGAGAGCUUCCUGUCCCACGUCCUGGUGGAGCGCUUGGCUGCCAUGAACCUACGAGAGUGCCAGAUGAUGGUCCUGCUGGACCUGACGCGGUCCUACGAGAGCAUGCAGCGGCAUAUGGAGAACUCCGAGAAGAAAAGUGUGCCCCAGUUGUCCUUGGAGGACCCCAUCAAGACCGCCGUCCUUCUGAGUCUGGUGGGGGUCAGGAGCAUCCUGGCAAACCAGUGGCCGACAUUCCUGCAGGACAAUGCGCUGCGGGCCAGCAUCCUGUGGGAAAACAUGCUGACUGUUGGCCGGCCGAUUGGGAGAGCAGUCCGUCUCCUUCAGAGAAUGGGAGCUGGUGACCCGAGGAACCACGGCAAGCCUCCAUGGGCCUCUAGGGACAAGCAGCUGUCCCUCCCGCCGCAGCUUAGCGACUCUGAGCGGCUGUCCGUCGUCCUCAACUUGGUCCUGUACGGGCUGCCGCACCUGGCCAUCGGGUGA